CAUGAGACAUAGGAAUCUAAUGUGUGCGUGGGCUUCUCUGACUUGUCGGCUGUCCAAAACAUAUAAAAUGGCCAUCUAAACAAAAACGUUUCUCUGCUUCUUUGUGUGCCCAGACUCCUUUCCAAGUUUUCCUUCAGACCAGUCAAUCAUGGCUUGCUAUUAAUAAAUUUCAAGUUUCUCUCUUUCUUUUCUUUCUGUGGAAUCAUGGCAAAGAAGAGAGAGGAAAGAGAGACGGGUUUGUUUUUGGAUGGGGUAAUAGAGGCCAUGCCUGUGUUUGCAAAGGAGUUGGUUGCUGGGGGUGUCGCUGGUGGCCUUGCAAAGACUGUUGUUGCUCCCCUUGAACGUGUGAAGAUUUUGUUUCAGACCAGAAGAGACGAAUUCAAGACUAUAGGACUGCUUGGAUCCAUUAAAAAGAUUGCAAAGACAGAAGGCAUUAUGGGUUUCUACAGAGGGAAUGGUGCUAGUGUUGCUCGAAUCGUUCCCUAUGCAGCCUUGCAUUAUAUGACCUAUGAGCAAUAUCGUAGAUGGAUCAUCCAUACUUUUCCUAAUGUUGGGAGGGGUCCUGUACUUGAUCUUGUGGCAGGAUCAUUUGCUGGAGGAACAGCUGUGCUUUUCACUUAUCCUCUUGAUUUGGUUAGAACUAAAUUAGCUUAUCAGGUUGUCAAUUCAUCAAAAGUGAAUGUUCAAGGGAUAGUUAGUACUAAACAAGAAUAUAAAGGAAUCUAUGAUUGUUUCUUGAAGAUUUUGAAAGAAUCUGGGCGAAGAGGUCUCUAUCGUGGUGUGGCUCCAUCCCUUUAUGGAAUCUUCCCUUAUGCUGGUUUGAAAUUUUACUUCUAUGAGGAAAUGAAGCGCCAUGUUCCUGAGGAACACAAGAAAGAUAUUUUGGUGAAACUGGUAUGUGGAUCUGUUGCUGGUUUGAUGGGACAGACCUUCACAUACCCUCUUGAUGUUGUAAGAAGGCAAAUGCAGGUACAAAGGCUUGCUACGUCAAAUUCGGCAGAAUUGAAAGGAACAAUGGAAACCCUGGUUAUGAUCGUCCAAACACAAGGGUGGAAGCAGUUAUUUUCAGGGCUGAGCAUCAACUACUUGAAGGUUGUGCCAUCUGUUGCAAUUGGUUUUACAGUUUAUGACCUCAUGAAAUCAUGUCUAAGAGUUCCAUCUCGAGAUGUUAUAGAAGUUGUGACUGACAAUAGAAACAGUCAACCAUCCAUUCACUCUUAAUUGAUGUAUUUACAAAUUCUUAACCCCAUUUAAUAUUCUUAAAGUAAUUCAGAUUCUCAUUCAAUUCUUUCAAGCUGUAUAAUGCCACCAGCACAUAGGUAAUAUCCAUCCCCUAGGUAAUAUCCAUCCCCAUCACCCUUCAAUAACCUUGUAUAAUAUGUAGUUUCACAGAUACUGUGGCGGCAAAUGUUGUAUUUGAAGUAAUUUUUUCAUAAAGAUAUGAGCACGUCCUCUCAAGACAGGUUCCAAAUA